CGUCAGCAGGGCUCGGCGCCCGCUCCCAGGCGCUCGCCCCGCGCUCUUUAACGGCUCCCUAACAAAGGUCGCCCUCCGCACCUCGCACCUCGGGACGUCUGUAUGUGGAUCUAAGCGCUGGAAUGGCUUCAGGAAGCCACGCGGGGUCGAAGCUGGGCUCACGCUUAGGGCCCAGCUCAGCGGCAAGCCAUUGCUCACUCCCCAAGUUAUCUGUUACCCGCGGCCGGUCUGGAUGUAAAAAUAGCUGCUGAGGCUGUUUGUUUAAUCUGACUGUUACUCGACACCACGCGGGUGCUGCGGCCGGACUGUUUGCCUCUUCCCCGCCGGGAGCGAGCGCGGCACUUGGCGGCUGCGGGCGCCUACUCGGGGACGCUCGCUUCAUGACCUUGCGGCGCCCGGACCACCUCGCGGCGCGGUGCUCCCCAGGUGCGCGGGUCCGAGGGCCGAGCGGCGCGGGUGCGCGGUCGGCCGAGGGGAGGCCGCCGGGUCCGUCCCGCCCGCGCCCUUCCCGGGAGGCGGAGGAGCCGCAGCCGGACGCGCGCGGAGAUGGGCUAUGAUGAUAGCAAAUGUAAGCAUGAGAAGAAGUUUUAAAACUACAGAUCCUAAAUCCCAGCAAAGCAGGCACAUGCAGCCCCCACUGCUGUAACAGUUUCAGCUACCUACGGUCAACCACGGUCCAGAAGCACAUGAUCCUCCCUCUGACAUAUGGUCAGAAGUCAAUAGUAACCUAAUCCUACAUCACAGUGCCCAAGUCAUUCGUCCCACAUCAUCUUGUCACGUAGACAUUUUAUCGUCUCACAUCAUCACAGGAAGGAGGAAAAAAAAAAUCACACUGUGCAAUUGCAUCUGGUCAAUAGGAAGCUCUAGUUUUGUGGGAAGAGGGCUGCUCUUCCAGAAUCAUCACACAGAGGCACCCUCUGGCUGACCAGGGACAGUCUUCCCAGCUGGUGGAUGAUGCAGGGGAACAAGAAGUGCACGGACGGGUUCAGCGACUCCUCAAGCAUCGGCAGUGUGCUGGACGAUGCGGACAGGGAAGUGAGCAGCCUCACAGACCGGGCGUUCCGGAGCUUGUGCAUCUCAGAGGACACAUCUUUUAACGACUCUGACCUGACCCUGUCCCCAGAUAUCAGCCGCCAGGUGUUUGGAAAUUUUCACCAGGGAACGGUGAGCCACACCCACAGGAAAAGCAGCAUUUGGAGCCAGUUACCAUCACAAGGCACCGAGCAUGCAGGCUGGGCGGCCACAUUCCAACAGCUACCCAAGUAUGUUCAAGGAGAGGAAAAGUAUCCCAAAAGCAGCCCCCCACUGACACCAGCCCAGAGGAGACUGGAGGUGCCAGUUUCUGGCCUGAGGAGCAGCAACAAGCCUGUUUCUAAAGUGUCAUCACUAAUUAAAUCUUUUGACAGGACCGAGAGCCAACAUUGUGACAGCCGGCCUCCUACCAGUAAGCCCCCAGCUCUCAAAAAUCCCCCCAAAUUUGCUCCUCUUCCAGAAAGUGGCAUCAACUUCUGCUUCGAUUCUGCCUUUCUGACUGUCAGGAGGGUGCCUGCUGAAGUCUCUAGUGCCCAUCAGAAUAGCCAUCAGCCUGGCAGGAAGCACGGAGAGCAGGAGUCCCCCAAGAAUCCUGACAUGGCCAGUCACAACUCCAGCAGCUUCCUCCCAACACCUGAAAAUGUGGCCAACUCGUUUGAGCCAAAGUUCCCUUCUUCACCCCACAAGCCAGCCAAGGGCGAGCCUGGAAGGGGUAAGGACUGGCCUCGCAAAGGGACCUUUCUUCAUAGUGAAAACAGUGCUUUUGAGUCAUGGAAUGCCCACCAACCGAGGCUGCCUGAGAGGAAGGAGGCUGCUGACCCUGUCCCAGAAAGCAAGGCUCCCAAGCACUAUGAGGACACACCCCUGUUAAGAGAGCCCCUGGCCCCUGAACACCAUGUCUCCCCCUGCCAAGCCCAGGCCAGCUGUAGUCAGGAUGAGAACAGGCUGACAGCAGGGGCUCUCACCACAUCUGGAUCCUGGGGAGCUAGAGAUCCAGGAGCCCAGAUAUUCCCUGUGGAGGGAGAAGCUUCUAGCUCACAGCCUGACCCUCAGGUGAAGCCGACCCAGGCCCCGUGGAGGAAACCAAAGCCUAGCAAGGGAAGGAAAGAAAGUCUACCAGAUGCUUCGGAAAAGAAGCAGGCCACCAGAAGAGGCCCAGCCUUGUAUACAAAGCACAAUCCCCAGGGACAAUUUCCAGAAAACGAGGCUCUUGACAUGCCCAUGGACCCCAAUGAGCAUUACAGUCCUCCUUUUAACAUCAGUAAGCUUCUGACCCCUGUCAUACCCACCAAGCAUGUCCUGGAUCCACCUGACAGUCAGCUGGUGGAGAUAACCCCAUCUCCCUCAGGACAGCUCAACGGGUACCAAGAGAAGGAGCCCAGUGAAUGUCAAUCUUGGGACACCUACAAAUCCAAAGCCCCUAGCCUGUUGUUCAACCUUAAGGAUGUGCGGAAGCGUGUUAAGAGCACAUACAGUCCGUCACCUCUCUUGAAAGGCCUUGAGGAGAAAACCAGAGGCAAGCAAGAACCCAUGAGCAAUGGCGUCAUCCUUCCCAAUGGGCUUGAGGAGAGCUCUCCAAACGAGCUCUCUAAGGAGAGGCCAGCUGACGGCCCUUCUGUGUCACACAUCAGUACCCAGAAGGACCCUAAGGCUGACCCUGGUGCUGCCUCUGAAGACAGCUAUCUAACUCUUAGCUCACCUCCAGCUACCACCCAAGCCCCCUUCUGCGUCAACGGGGAGAGAGAUGACAGAAACAGCUACGAGAAGGACGAUGGAGAACCAGAGAUGGGCACUGCCAAGUCCGGCGAGUGUCCAGACUCUGGGGAACGCUGCCCCAGGAAGCACCUGUCCCUGAGGCUUUGCAGCAGAGAGCCUGAAGCAGGGAAGGCUGCAGAGAAAUCAGGGACCCCCAACCUAGAGAAGGGGUUCUUGAGAUCCGUGUCUCAAGAAACAGAAUCCGAGAGAGAGGCAGGAUUCCAGAAUCCAAACUUUAACCAGAAAUUCUCCCCAGGGCCCCUCUCUCCCGAGGAAGAAGAUGUGUUUUACAGUGACACACAAUCUGAUUUCAUGCCAGGCUUCAAAAGUAAGGCCAAAUUCAGCACCAGCUCUUCAGACCAGUCCUUUGCCUCAUUUGAGGAUCAGCAGAAAACGUGGUUCAGCGAGAGCCAGCAGGAAGACAGGAGGAAUGAUGGAAGUGCAGGAGACAGUCAGAAGGAUGAGAAGGAGAAGACGAUGGGGAAAGAUGAGCUGCCGCACUGUGCCCUACGUAACGGGCCGGUGUGCAUACAGGAGCACAGCAAGGGGGGACUGCUGCAAGGAGAAGGGGAAGGUUUAUCUGGAUGUAGGCCCAGGAAGACGUCGAGAGAGGAAGCUAACUUCAGAGGCACUUGGAUGGGGGGAAGUAAGGAUACAUGCAAAGACCUUACCCCCUCACCAUCUUCCACUUCAAACAAGCACAUACUGUUUGCAAUUAAAGACAAUACCCUCAGGGCCACCCCCGUGAUAAAACCCAUCAUGCUGCCCCUUCUGAGGACCCUGUCAUCAGAGGACCCACUGGGCAGUAGCCACAAAGAGGAGGACUUGCCAAAGCCAGGCUGGGGAGAAGAGGCUGGUGGUCUCUGUGGCCCUGAGAGCCAGGAAAUGGCCAAUACCCCGACACCUGCUAGCACGCAGGGCACACACUUGGAGCACACAGCCUGCGAGGGCAUGGACCAUGGGCAGGUGCCCAGCAUGGCCUGGAUGGAGACUCCUCAGCCAGUCCCAACAAGAAAUGUCCCAUCUCCUCCACUCAUGGGAGAGGAUAAAGGGCUGAAGCCACGACGGGUUGUGGCAAAGGAAGGCAAGAACAGUUCCAUGGACCGGGGGAAGCUGGAUGCUCCAAGGUGCAUCCCCACCAUCGCUUUGCCCCAAGGCGACCCAGAAGACCAGCCACCCUCACAGCAGCUGGGGAUGUGCUGGGAAGAGCACACACAAGAUUUCAAAAGUCACUUAUUGUCUACACCUAGAGCAGGGCCCCCAGGGAGAAGAUUGGUCCCUGGUGAGAUGGCAACUUCCCCUAAUGCCAGCUCCCUGGAUGAGAGCAGCGUGUGCUCCCCUGCUACCAGCACCAUUUGGGACGAUGCUUCCCAGUCCCCCACCAAGCCAGGCCUGCUGCCAGGGGAGCCUCCUCACCCCAGCCCCUGGGCCAGCCCCUACUCUGCCGGGGUUGCCCACAGGGAGGACCUGACACAUGCCCUCACAUGGGAAGCUGGCUCAGACCCCCAACUUGAGCCAAGCACAGAAGACCUCCGGACACUUUCUCCAAGAGGUUUGGUGCUGGACACGGCCACCAGCUCUGUAGGCCUCCCUGAGAAACCAGAGCCUCCGGCUCAGCUGGAGAGAGCGGCUGGCAAGCCACCUGCGGUGCCCCCCAAAACAGAGAAGGCCCUACGGCGGGCAAAAAAGCUGGCCAGCAAGAGGAGAAAGACCAACCAACUGCAAGAAAAACAUGGUGAAACCAGAGAAGAAAAGCCCUCCCUGGAGGACUGGGAGCAGAGGCCACCAUCCCCUGGAGAGAGACCCCGACCCAGGUUUCCCACGGUCCGCUCCCUGCCGCCUCCCAUCCACCGCCACUCAGUGUCUGCCUUCUCAGAGCCACUCAGGAGGCAGCCUGGGGGACCCCAGUCCCUUACACCUCUGCCCCCUUACCCUGCCACCCAGAAGGUCCUCCAAGAUCCCCAAUCUGGAGAGUACUUUGUCUUCGAUCUGCCACUCCAGGUGAAAAUCAAGACCUUCUAUGACCCAGAGACGGGCAAAUAUGUCAAGGUCCCCAUCCCAUCCUCUGAGGGAGGUUCCCCCGAGCUGCCCCCACCCAACACACCUGCUGCUCGCUACAUGCUGUACCCCCACUUCCGGCCCCUGCCCGUGACAGCCUUGAUGCCCCUGCGCUGCUCCUCUCAGCUCUCUGCCCCCACCUUCUUAAGGCAGGGCCUUCACCCCACCGAGGCGGCCAGCCCUGGGUCCCAGAGAGCCUGUGAGGCCGGCCUGCAGCUGGCCCCAAAGCCUCGAGGCGACCCCACCCAGCACCCCACAGGCCAGUGCCCUGAAGCACCUCCGCAGUGCCUGGGGGAGGAGGGAGAUGCUUCACACCUGGGCAUCAUCUCCACCAACGACCUAGAGGACUUUGCCACAGAAGGCGUUUCUUGAGAACUACAGCAGACUAACCCCCCUCAAAUAAACCCAGAAGAACUUACUUCCCCUUUCCCCAAAACAAUCACUUACAUACACACACACAGACACACACACACACAAAUCAACACAUACUUAGCCAUGUGGGAUCCCUAAUGUCUCAAAGGAAGUGGGGAUUCCGAGAAAACCCCAGCUGAAAGGCUUCCUGGGCCUCCCCUCCCUGGGAGGGCACUGUUUGCAUGACCGGGUCCCUCCUAAGCUCCUUCCCUGAUCCUGGAUCUGGCCUCCUUCCCUCUUUCUUCUCCCCUCCCUUACUCUGUCCCCCUCUGGCCAUGCCACUGCGGUGGGUCCAGCCUAUUCCUAAUGACCGUGACUACUCUGCUCCGGCAUCCCACCUAAUUCUUCUUAAGGGCCAGCUCAUGCAGUGAGCAAGCUCCCAAGACCCCCAGAAACAGCACACUGCACUGUGCCCAGCCCUGCCCAGCGAGCAGACCACCCAGCCCAGCCCCUCCAGGUCCAGCGGGGCCCAGAGAAGGGCCUCCAUCCCUCCCCACUGCAGGAGCCAUUUCCAGCUCACGCAGGCAGAAAUGGCUCAGGACUGCCCCCAGGCAACCCCGCAGAAAUGUUUAUUUGGAUAGAAUGGGUUUCUUUACUGAGGAAGCUUUCCUCUGAAAGCUAUUUUCUGAUAAAGAAAAGGCUACCUUUUAAAAAGUGAAACAAGCUUGUGGAUUUGGUUCUGUCCCCGACUCCCACCUUCCAUCUCUGGGCAGUGGCGGGUCUCCACUGGUAGGUUAAGUGCCUUGUGCUCUCCCAGCCUUCCCCCACUGCCAGCCACGCGGGGGCUUCACAUUUGAGCAGAGCAGCCUUAGCACCUAAUGUCAUUCUGAUGCUCCUCCUCGAGCUCCCAGCACCAUCCCUGCCUUCCCAGGGCUGGGUUCCCCAUCAAGGCCUGAGUCAGGCCCCAGGUAUCCCAAUUUCAUGACUAUUAUCUGUGCCCUAUGCUCAAAAGGAAAUUGUAUUUUCCCAACUCCCUGGCCUUCGAGGAAGUGGAGGGAAGUAUCUGAUCCAGGUCAAGGGAGCAAAAUGCAAUAACCAUCUCUGCACCUCUGAGAACAGGGACAGUCUGUGAGCACAUGCCCACUGUGGGCAACUGUGCUGAGAAGGAAAGCAGGCUGGUCCUCAUGGGCUUCCAUGGGCAUUCGCUGAAGCAACUUCAUUCUUGUGCUAUGGGAAAGACAGGGGCAAACACGUCUUCCCUCCUUGUUUAGCAAGGGCAGCUGUCAUGGCAGCUGUUGGGACUGUGCUGCCCAUGUCCCAUGGGACCCCACUAAAUGCAUCAUCCUUGUUCUUUUGGCAGAGAUGCUAUUCCCAGGCUAGAAAAAUGGCACAGAACUCACCAAGUCCCAGAUUUGCACAAAUACAAGGGCUCUAGCUUAUUCUUGGUCAUGAAUUGGAUUCAGGAUUUUCUACCUAUUUGUUUUCCCAACAAGUACAGCCACACCUUAAUUUCAUUGUGAAAAUACUACACCAACCCCCUGGCUCAAUGCCGUGAUGAGUCAACCAGAUGAUUAGCCAGGAACACAGGCAGGCUGCCGUCCGAGAAGUCUGGUUCCCAGGAGUCACUCAUCGGGGUGCAAGUGAGACAAACAAGCUAUGAUCUUGGCUCUGCCACUGUGGCUUAAGCAUCCUCCCACCUUGCUUUCAUCUUAUUCAAAUAGGAAAUGUGAUAUCUCAUUUUUAAAUUCUCAGGGCCCCGGGGAAAAGAAUAGCCUAACAAAAGUAGAAUCCUUCUGUUAAAUAAAUAAAUAAAUAAAUAAAUAAAUAAAUAAAUAAAUAAAUAAAUAAAUAAAAUUUUUUUAAAACCAUAGUAAUGGUAACUGUGUCCCCACAAGGAAAAAUAUAUUUUCCUUAAGGGUAGCUCAUGUUUGGGGAAGCAGUCAUCAUCUGUCUUAGAAACAACAGAAGCAGAGCUAUGGGUAGAGCUGAAAGCAUAAAGGCAGAUAUUUGGAGAUGAAGGCCAACUUCCCUGUGAAUGUGCCAGAGGAACGGCGAGAACUGUGUCUGGCAGAAAGCAACAUCCAGGAACUGGAGGGUAUUAUGCUGAGUGAAGUAAGUCAAGCGGAGAAGGACAAACAGUGUAUGUUCUCAUUCAUUUGGGGAAUAUGAAUAAUAGUGAAAGGGAAUAUAAGGGAAGGGAGAAGAAAUGUGUGGGAAAUAUCAGAAAGGGACACAGAACA